AUGUCACAGGUUAAACAGGUCGGACUUCUGGCUGCUGGCUGUCAGCCUUGGAACAAAGAUGUUUGUGUUGCCAGUGGAGACAGAUUUGCAUAUUGUGCUACACUGGCAAUAUACGUUUACCAGCUUGAUCACAGGUACAAUGAAUUCAAACUUUACGCGAUCAUGUCUGAGCACAAAAAGACCAUCACGGCUAUCUCUUGGUGUCCUCACAACCCUGACAUGUUUGCCAGUGCGAGUGCCGACAACCUAAUUAUCAUUUGGAAUGUGGCAGAACAAAAGGUGAUAGCGAGACUGGACAAUACAAAAGGGAUUCCCGCUUCCCUCAGUUGGUGUUGGAAUUCAGGUGAGGCAGUGGCAUUUGUCUCUCAUCGAGGUCCGCUGUAUAUCUGGACGAUCUCCGGAGCAGACUGUGGGGUCGCAGUACACAAGGAGGCACACAGCUUCCUGUCAGACAUCUGCCUUUUCAGGUGGCACUCUCGAAAGAAAGGGAAGGUGGUAUUUGGGCACACAGAUGGGAGCUUGUCCAUUUUUCAGCCUGGUGCCAAGAGUCAGAAGCAUGUGCUGAGACCAGAAUCCCUGGAGGGAACAGACGAAGAGGAUCCAAUCACGGCCCUGGAAUGGGAUCCGCUCUCCACGGACUAUCUACUGGUGUCCAAUCUACACAAUGGAAUUCGAUUGGUUGAUUCGGAAUCACUGUCCUGUAUUACAACCUUCAGUUUCCCCAGUGCUGCAGCUUCAGUACAAUGUUUGGCCUGGGUCCCCAGUGCUCCUGGGAUGUUCAUAACUGGAGAUUCCCAAGUUGGUGUCUUACGUGUUUGGAACGUCUCAAGAACAACACCAAUUGAUAACUUCAAGCUGAAGAAGACAGGAUUUCAUGCUUUACAUGUGCUGAGUUCCUCACCAAAGAAAAAAUGCUAUUCAACACAUUCCCCGUCAAAGAACCACCAUACAUCAUCGACGAGUGAAGCCAUCCCCCCUCCGACCCUCUCUCAAAAUCAAGCAUUUUCUCUUCCGCCUGGACACGCGGUGUGUUGUUUCAUGGAUGGUGGAGUUGGGCUGUAUGACAUGGGAGAGAAGAAAUGGAACUUCCUGAGAGAUUUGGGUCACGUGGAAACAAUCUUCGACUGUAAAUUUAAACCAGACGAUCCAAAUCUCCUAGCAACAGCAUCAUUUGAUGGGACAAUUAAGGUGUGGGACAUAAACACCUUGACAGCAGUCUACACUUCACCUGGUAAUGAGGGAGUAAUUUACUCCCUGUCCUGGGCUCCAGGUGAUCUAAACUGCAUCGCAGGCGCAACCUCACGCAACGGAGCCUUUAUAUGGGAUGUGAAAAAGGGUAAAACGGUUACUAGGUUUAAUGAGCAUGGAAAAAAUGGAAUCUUCUGUAUCGCUUGGAGCCACAAAGAUUCUAAAAGAAUAGCAACGUGUAGUGGCGAUGGAUUCUGUAUCAUUCGAACGAUCGAUGGGAAAGUUCUGCACAGGUACAAGCAUCCAGCUGCUGUUUUUGGCUGUGAUUGGAGCCAGAAUAAUAAAGAUAUGAUAGCUACAGGCUGCGAGGACAAGAGUGUUCGCGUUUACUAUUUAGCGACCAGUUCUGACCAGCCUCUGAAAGUUUUCACCGGGCACACUGCCAAAGUGUUCCAUGUCAGGUGGUCUCCACUGAGGGAAGGCAUCCUCUGCAGCGGUUCUGAUGACAGCACUGUGAGGAUAUGGGACUACACACAGGAUGCCUGUAUAAAUGUUCUAAGUGGACACAAAGCACCAGUACGAGGUCUCAUGUGGAACACUGAAGUCCCCUACCUCCUGAUAUCGGGCAGUUGGGACUACACUAUUCGUGUCUGGGACACUAGAGAUGGAACUUGUCUGGAUACUGUGUACGAUCAUGGUGCCGAUGUCUAUGGUUUGACCUGUCACCCAAACAGGCCCUUCACCAUGGCAUCAUGUUCAAGAGACUCCACCGUGAGGCUGUGGUCAUUAACACCUCUGAUUUCUCCUCUCCAAAUAAACAUUCUGGCUGACCAACAGUGGGAGGAAAUAAUUGGGAACACAGAUCGUGCAAUGGCAUCGGAUGCUCCACCUCUACUCUGUGGGAAAGUAUCCCGAGAUAUCAAGCAAGAGCUGGAUAAAAUCGCAAGUAACGUGCGGAUAAAGAAGCUGAGAUGGUUCUCUGAAUGUUUGUCACCCCCAGGAGGCAGUAAGAAUCUCUGGGACUUGGUGGCUGUGUUAAAAGACCAGGAUGACAGUCUUCUUCCACAAAACUACUGCAAAGGAAUAAUGCACAUGAAACAUCUGGUCAGGUUCAAAACUUCUAAAGCUCAAGAGUUAACAACUGUGAAGAUGUCCAAGUUUGGAGGUGGAGUUGGCGCUCCAAGCAAAGAGGAGAGGCUGAAGGAAGCGGCUGAGAUUCACCUGCGAUUGGGGCAGAUCCAGCGAUACUGUGAGCUAAUGGUGGAACUCGGGGAGUGGGAUAAAGCGCUAUCAGUGGCACCAGGGGUAUCAAUGAAAUACUGGAGGAAGCUGAUGCAAAGGAGAGCUGACCAGCUGAUUCAGGAAGGGAAUGAUGAAGUGAUCCCGUAUUGUAUUGCUACCGGAGAUGUGAAGAAACUCGUGAGCUUUUUCACCUCUCGAGGCCAGCUGAAUGAAGCACUGCUUGUUACUCAGGCAGCGCGUGAAGGAAAUAUUCAAGGACCACAGAUCUCAGCACCAAAUGGAGCAGCGUGUGGUGAUGGGAAUAACAAGUCAGAAGAUUACAAUGACCUGUUACACAGGGUGAGUAAGGAGCUGGCGGAAUGGUACUUCCAGGACGGACGAGCAGUGUUGGCUGCAUGUUGCCACCUUGCGGUGAACGAUAUUGAGUUGGCAAUGUCGAACUUGAUCCGUGGAAAUGAGCUGGAGCUGGCAGUUUGUGUGGGAACAGUGCUGGGAGAUAGCGCCAUGCCUGUGACAAACUAUGCCCUGGAACUCCUGGCCCGCAAGUGCAUGUCAACAACAACAUGCUUUCCAUGUACUGGAUACAGUUUAAUUAUUGUGAUAUGUUUUUGCAGGGAUCUAGCGGCCGACUUGUUGACUAUGAUACCUGACAGUGAGCCUCUGUUGGUCAAGCUGUGUGCAUUUUACCCAGGAAGCACUGCAGAGGUGAAUGAUCUUCAUGAGAAGUGUCACUUACCAACCUUGGAAGAAUGUUUACAAAUUGCGGAAACGUAUCACAAUGAAGGGGAGACAUUCCAAGCAGUAAAAUACUAUUUAUUGAGUCCUGUGCCAGAAAAAGCACUUCUAAUUGGCCUUCUUUACGUUAAAGAACAGCUAAGUAGCCAUGAUUGGACCUUGGACUCCGUCCAUGGGAUCCUGGACCUGCUCAGCUACAUCCGCACUGACCGGCUGAUGCUACACAAGUGUAGUGAGUUUCGAAACGAGCUGCUUAUAUUCUGUGGCUACAUUGCUGCAUUACUGGCCAUUAGAAGACAUUACAACAGCAUUGUACCUGCACUUUAUGAAUACACCAGCCAACUCUUGAAACGCAGAGAGGUGACAGUCCCGACACAGAUCGAGCAGUUAUCAGCCGAGCUAGACGGAUGGAGAGCAUGCACGCACUCAGCCAGCAAGUCAUUUGAGGACUUACCAUAUACACCUCCUUCUGAAUCUCAAAGAGAGGUGUAUAGCAUUUUGCUAAAUAGGAUUAAGGAGGAACCCAUCAAAGGACUGAUCGGCCCUGAUUAUGUCACAGGUUCUAAUCUUCCCAGUCACUCUGAUGUCCAUACCUCCUGCCUCACAGGUUUACGAAUACAGGGACCAGUGUAUUUCCUUGAGGAUGGAAAGUCAGCAAUCUCUCUUAACGAUGCAUUAAUGUGGGCAAAGGUCAACCCAUUUUCCCCCUUAGGAACAGGAAUACGCCUGAAUCCAUUCUGA